AUGUCUCGGAAGCACCAUGAGCUGGAGGGAGCAGGAGGCAGCGGCGUGGGCAGCGACGACCCCAGCGGCAAGGCGGUGUGGGACACCGGGAGCUCCCUGUACGACUCGUACGAGCUGGCCGCCGUGCGCCGGCUCCUCGACAAGCGCCUCCUCGCGGCCGCCGGCGUCCCCCCUCUCCGCGACGACGGGCCACCACCAGCCGCGGGAGGGACGAGGGGCAAGAGCACGCAGGUCGUGCCGGUCAGCAGGGUCCACCACAGGAAGGUGUUCUUCAGGGCGGUGUCCACCUGGGCGGCCCGGGCCCGGCCGAGGCAAGCGCCGCCGCUCGCCUGUGCCUGCGCUGGCAUGGUCCACGACCAGAGUGGUGGUGCCGCGGUCGAGCCGGAUCUGCCGCCCCACGGUCAACUUUGA